CAGGUGCCUCAAGUGAUUCCCGAUCAUGCAUGAAGCUGGUGCAUCAGAGAGGGGAAGUACCAAACUCAUAACAAAGCCUUACAAUCUGUCUGGCAUAUAAGCCAGAGCGCCUGGGGCUGCGCGGUCCCGCCAAUUUCCUCGGGUUGAGUCUCAGCCCUGGUUGUUCUGGGGACCUUAGCUGCUAGCGCCAGCGACUUGCCUCUUUACACGCCUUGCACGCCAUGGCGGACGAGGAGGCUAAGGUCAAGACCGAGGGGAACGUCAUUAACCUGGUGGUGAAGGACCAAACCGGCAAUGAGGUGCACUUCAAGGUCAAGAUGAAGACCCGCCUUGAGAAGGUGUUCAACGCCUACUGCAACAAGAAGGGUGUGGACACCGCCUCCGUGCGCUUCCUGUUCGACGGAAACCGCGCCAAGCCAGACUCCACGCCGGAGGCGCUCGGCAUGGAAGACGGGGAUGUGCUGGACUGCGUGAUCGAGCAGGUCGGCGGCUGCAGCUGCGCAUGAUGCGAUGGACUGAGCCGCUGCUCAAUGGAGGAUUUGGCGCGGAGGGUCUGUGCAAGCAGGCUUAUCCCUGUAGCAAGCGGUUAUGGCGGGCGAGGCAAGGACUGCGCCGGUGCUACCGUAAUGCGGGUUUAUGGUCCUCACCGGUCAUGGAGUGAUUGGAUUGCGCUUCCGUGGAGGGGAUACGGCGUUGCGGCCAAGUGGCCUGGUCGGUAAUUGUGGAUGGAACUUUGCUGUGGGCGGUGGAGCAAGUGGUGGCUGCUGGGGGCGCUGUAGGGUGUGAGCCGCACGGCAAGCGCCAGUGGUUGACGGGCCUUGUUACGAUGUAAUAAAUGUGAAAGGCUUAAUAAAAUUUUGUUUCAGGUUGAGACAUGGACAAGUGUUCCCCGGUCACGGGAAAAG